GGUGGCCCAGGCAUCAGAGGGAUGCACUUCGCGGGGUCCGGAAAGCCUCUAAUUAAGUUCAGGCACUGCGAGAGGUCCAUCUACAGUUUCAGUGUACCCCAAUGCUGUCCCCUGUGCCAGGGGGACGUGGGCUCCACCAGGAUAGAGGAUGCACCUAUCAGCAUCUCAGACCCGUUCUCCAAUGGGCAUCAAGAGAAAUGCGCCUUCCUCCUCAAACCCACGAGAGGGACGUUCCUGAGGGAGUACGAUGGAAAGUCUGACCUGCACGUUGGACUCACUAACACACGUGGGGUCGUGUAUAAUUACAACGCAGACGGCGUACAGCGCGACGAGGCAGGAUGGGAGCAGAGUCUCAGCGUCCCGCUAGUGCAGCCCAGCAUGUUCGGACUCAUGGACCAGUGGGACGUGUACCUGGAAGACUUCUCCACUUCGCCGGCCUGGCUGCCUCACAGGUAUGAAGAGGAUCAUCACAACUGCUCCAGCUUCGCCCUCGCCUUCAUUAACCGUGUCCUUGCCACGGAAGGCAAAGAGCAGCUGGACAAGAGGGCGUUCACAGAGAAGUACGUGAUCCCGAGGACGCGCCUGGCCUCCAAGUACAUCACACUCUACAGGGCCGUCCAGGAGAGGGGCUUCCACGUGGCUGACCAUCCCGAUCCAGUGACAAGCCUCUCUUAGGCAGUUUGUGCUGAAUGCUGCAUGUGACGGCGGUUGGGACAGGACAUUCAGGUUUACUACCUUUAAAUAGUACUGCACAUUUCUAUCUGUAAUGAAUUUACUGUGGCUAAUAAAACUGAUGUAUAGUUUCCUUUAAGUAUUAUUAUAAAAACUUGAAAAAUUAAUAAAA